CGUACCACCAUGUCCGGCUCUCAGUCCUUCCUGAGGCAGCGAAGCACGGCAAAGACGACGGAAAAGAGCGACAGGAAAUUUUCUGGCUCUCCGAAGAGACGCGACGAAGUGGUAUGGGGAAAGACUCCGAGUGGCAAAGUAUUUCGUAUACCCACCACUCAUGAUGUCUUGACGGCCCUAUUCCAUCCGGCAUACCCAAAAAGCCAUCUUGAUAUACUGAACCUCGCUCUACUCGGUUUCCAGUUGGUUCUGUUUUUUGUCCUUCCCCGGGGUGUGGCUAGGGUGUUUUUCCUCGUGUAUUUUGCUUUUUGGCGCGCAGCGUAUGAUGCCGGACUCGGCUGGGUUCUCACAAAGCAAAGCAAGAAGAAAUGGAUGGUCAAAGAGGUACAACGCUUCGGUUGGCUCGACGAGAAUCGUUGCCCUCGUGUCCGGAACUGGAUUCGCGCUCAGCUCGUUGGGAAAAUGGGGAAGGAUUACUCCUUCGAUGAACUACCCGUGGAAUACAACACAUGGUUGCUCUUUAGACAAGUCGUGGAUGUUAUUCUUAUCAACGACUUUUUGGCAUACUGCAUGUUCGCGUUCUCAUGCUUUCGUGUGCCGACGGAUCUGUCCAUUCCCGUACACGUAACGAGAUGGUUAGUGGGUAUAGCUCUUAUUUGGUUCAAUCUUUGGGUCAAAACGGAAGCCCACAACGUCGUCAAAGAUUACGGCUGGUAUUGGGGCGAUGUGUUCUUCCAACGCGGCGCGUUGGUUUUCGAUGGCGUCUUCGAGCUUGCUCCACACCCAAUGUACUCUGUCGGAUACAUCGGCUACUAUGGUUUGUCCCUGAUAGUUGGCAGCUACCCUGUUCUAUUUGUUAGUCUGGCGGCGCAUGCUUCACAAUUUGCCUUCCUCGUUCUGUUCGAGAAUCCUCAUAUCGAGCGCAUGUACGGGCAGAAGAAAGCCAUAGCCAAAAGAAUUCCAGUCAACACCCGUCCGAAAAUGGCCUCGUCAUCGAAAUCUGUAUCCGUUGAGUCUAUGUCUCUUCCUGAAGUGCCGCCUGAAGACUAUUCGACCCCGACGGCAACUGAAGGUGAAACUGCUACGGAGACAGAUCUUGAAACUGAGACUGAGAUGGAAUACGAUGAAAGCACUCCUGUUGUUGGUGUCGGGGCUAUUAAACGAUCUUUACACAGAGCAGAACCUUCUACAGAGAGCACAUCUUCGACACGCAGUCACGAGGGCCUUCCUAAGAAAAAGAAGACCUUUUCUAACCAUGAUCUCUUGACGAAGUACUUCCGUCGUGACACGAUGAUUUUCAAGAACCUUGAUUUGUUUAGGGCAAAUGAUGUCAUGCUUUUGCUAAUCGUCAUAUACUCCUCUGGAUUUGCGCUCAUCCCACCUUUAUCUACAAGAGUCACCAUUGCACUUCAUUUCAUACAUGCCCUGAGCUGGUGUUUGUUCCACUACUUCGGCCUCGGCCUGUUGCUACGUGCACAGAGCGAACGCAAGUAUCUGGUCCGCCACUAUAUGAAGAAUUAUCAUUAUCCGCACCAUGACGGUGGAAGCGGACCCAUUUUGGAGGCCUUUUCAAACUGGAAGGCGGUAUAUAAUAUGAGCCAGUGUAUGACAUACGUUUCUCUGAUCGGCCUUGUGUGGAAGACGUAUAGUCUCCCUACUGAUUGGAUGGUCGGCAACGAGUUGCUCCGCCAUACGCUCGGUGCUCUUCUUGUCGCUUUGCAUAUCUGGGCGUCGUUGGAAUCGUAUGAGGUCCUCGGAAUGUUUGGAUGGUUUUUUGGUGAUUUCUUCAUGGAAGAAUUUCCUGCUCAUGUCGAGUACUCCGGAAUCUACAGAUAUCUCAAUAAUCCUGAACUCAUGGGGGGUGCUGCGUGGUUUGGUCUAGGUCUCAUUAGCGAGAGUAAACUAGUGAUCACCCUUGCUGUCAUUCGUCAUCUUUCUUACUGGUGGUUCCUUAGCUGUGUCGAGAAUCCUCACAUGCAAAAACUCUAUGGUGAUUCCCUACGAAAAGACGCCGGAUUUGUCAAGGUGAUCAAGAGCGUAGCGAGCAAAAACGCGCGCAUUUUAGAGUCCCGGGCUGGACGCCAUGCCCCAGAGCUGAAACGUGUGGCGAAGGAGGUGAAAGGCACCUUUGACAAGGUGUUCGAGGAGACCGCGGACGCUGUAGAAGAAUUCUUAGCAAAAUCCCGACCCAAGAUUUCCGGUGUGGUCCAAGACACAAAGGUUUUGUUGCAGCAGUCUAGGGAAAAAAUGGUCAUUACGCGUGUUGCGAGUGAUCUUUCGUCCUUCGAUACGGCAAAGUAUCAUGCUACAGUCGUCCCUAGCAAAGAAGGUACCCGUAGCUUCCACCUUGGGGAACCUAUCACCGUUCAGUGGCAGGCGCCUCGUACUCACUCCCGUAAGGACUGGAUUGGAAUAUACCGAGUCGGCGCCAACAAAUCACAGCUGGUUACGAAAACAUCUUCUCUCGGAAUGUGGGAGCCUGUGUACGGUGCAGAAUGGGAUGGCGACGUACCUCUCGAUUCACCUCCUGGUCCACAGAGUGAUUCAGGAACCGUGACGUUCAAAGCCAACACUUUGCCAUGGAUGGUCGGCCAAUAUGAGAUUCGUUACCAUCAUGAUGGCAAAUACAAUGUCAUGCACUUUGAUGGCCCUAUUGAGAUUUACGUUGACCAGCCAUCGAGCUUAGAUUUACCGUCGGUCCGAGAGACGCUGAUGCGUGUAGUCCCGCUGUGUCUCGACUCUGACCCUUCAUUGAUUCCUUUGUCGUGCAAAUCCUCACUUGAGGGAGAGAGUCCUGCAAUUCCGACUGAAGCUGAAGAACGGGACCCGGAUGAUUUCAUCUUUUGGUCUGAACGACAGGCUAGACGGAUUUGCAUGGCAAUAAAGCAGACCUUCGAUGUGGAAUAUGCACCUGAGGUGGUGGUCGCUGAUGCGAAUUUAACUGCCCUGGCGAAUCGAAUAUUAGUCUCGAAGGAGAUUUUGACGGGAUAACUUUCUUUUUCGGAAUUGAUGGUUUUUUUGGAUAGAUAUACGUGGAGGAAUUUUGCUUUUCUAUUUCGCUUCGGAAGUAAUUUACUUUGUUCUGUCUUUCUGAGCAAGUCAAUUUUUUUUUCAUGUGAA